AUGUGGAAAGACGGGCUCUUCCAGGAAGUCGUAGCCGGUGGUCCCCUCCAUGCCCUUCAGAGAGUCCCUGAAUGCUUACUUGAAGCCUGGACUGCAGGGUGUGUUCUGGUGGAGGAAAUCCAGAAAGCCAAGAACUCACCAGUCUCAUUUGCCUCUUCUUUGCCCCUUAUUCCUCUUCUCACAGUACAUAGGACAUGUUCCAAGAACACAGUGUGCCCAAUGUUCAUCCAGACAACUCCAAGCUCCACCAUGAGGCUUAGGAGCAGUGUAAACUCUGGUGAAUCAUGCCAGAGUGCCAGCACGAUGGCUGUCCCCACCAUCAGUGGCAGCACUGUAGGCACCAGUGCCUGCAGCAGCAGCAUCAGUGCCCAGCCUACCAGCUCCAUGGACACUCAAGUGUGCAUCCAAAAGAAGCAUGACAGAGUAAAGAAGAGGGUUGUCUGGGGCAUUGAGGUGGCAGAGGAGCUGCAAUGGAAAGGCUGGGAACUGGGGAAGGAAACCACAAGAAACCUGGUUCUGAAAAAUCUCUCCUUGAAAAUCCAGAAGAUGAGCUACAGGCCUCCCAAGACCAAGUUCUUCUUCACGAUCACCCCUCAGCCCAUCUUCCUGAGCCCAGGCAUAACCCUCACGCUCCCCAUUGCCUUCCGGCCUCUGGAGGAGAAGGAGUACAUGGACCAACUGUGGUUCGAGAAGGAAGAGGGGAUAUUCUGUGUGGAACUGAGGGCCAUCUUGCCUUGCCACAAGCUCGUCUGCCCACCAUCCCUGCAGAUACCUAUGUGUGCCACUGGAGACAUGGUCGAGGCCUGGUUCUGUCUGGACAAUGUGGGGGACCUGUCCACUUUCUUCACCUGGGACUUCCCCAGCCCAUUCCAGAUGUUCCCUGCCACGGGGUUACUGGAGCCAGGCCUGGCUUGUAGGAUGAAAGUGACCUUUCAGCCCCUCAUAGCUGUCACCUAUGAUGUUGAGGCCACAUGCUGGUAUGGGAAGGGCAGCAAGCAGAAGAGCAGCAUUCAGCUGCAGGCUGUAGGCAAAUGUGCCCAGCUGCUGGUAAGCAUAAAGCACAAACGGCCAGAGGACCAGGAUGUGGAGGGCUUCCAGAAGGUGUUACACUUUGGCUCCGUUGCUGUGGGCUGCACCGCGGAGAGGCAGAUUAAGCUGUAUAACCCAUCUGCAGUGAAUGCCCCCUUCAAGAUCGAAAUGGUCCCAGAUAUGCUGGCAAAAGACCAGGUGUUCUCGUGCUCCAGAGCCCAUGGCAUGGUGUCCCCAGGAGGGAAGAAAUGCGUGUCAGUGUUCUUCCACCCCAAGACCUUGGACAGCAGAAGAAUGGACUACAUCUCUGUCAUUCCUUCUGGCUGUGCCUCCCAAACUCUUCUCCAAGUCAUUGGUUUCUGCAGAGGUCCUGCUGUGUCCUUGCAGCACUACUGUGUCAACUUCAACUGGGUCAACCUUGGGGAGCACUCAGAGCAGACUCUGUGGAUUGAGAACCAGUCAGACUGCUCAGCCCACUUCCAAUUUGCCAUCGACUGCCAGGAGAGUGUCUUCAGCAUCAAGCCUGUCAUUGGGACCCUGGUGGGCAAGGCCCGCAUGAUCUUGCGCUGUGUCUUCCGGCCCACUCACCCUAUCAUCUGCUUUCGGCGGGUGGCCUGUCUCAUCCACCAUCAGGAUCCACUGUUCCUGGACCUGAUUGGAACCUGCCACUCAGAUAGCACCAAACCAGCCAUCCUGAAGCCUCAGCAUCUCACCUGGUCCCGCACACACACAGCUCGGGGCCUGGCGCUCUACCCCCCUGACAUCCUGGCUGCUAUGCUGAAGGAGAGGAAGCUGGAGCGGGAUCAGGAUGGGGCCCUCAUGCUGCCCAUCGAGGAUCUGGAUAAUACGUCACCACCACAGUAUCCCUUUAUCUCCCCCAUGACGGAGUACUUCUUCGACGGCACCAACGACGUGACCAUCUUUCCCCCUGCUGUCAGUAUAGAGCCUGUUGAAGUGGACUUUGGUGCCUGCCCUGGGCCUAAGCCCUCCAAUCCUGUCCCCCUAUGCCUGAUGAACCACACCAAGGGGAAGAUCACAGUAGUCUGGAAGCGCAGGUCUGACUGUCCCUUCUGGGUGACCCCAGACACCUGUGAUGUGCCUCCACUCAAGUCUAUGGCCAUGCGUCUGCACUUCCAGCCAUCCUGCCCGAACAGCCUCUAUGCCGUGGAGCUGGAAGCCUUUGCUGUCUACAAGGUCUUACAGAACUACACUAAUAUUGAGGAGGACUGUACUGUGUGCCCGUCCUGGUGUCUGAAGGUGCGGGCUCAAGGCCAUAGCUAUCGUGCUGCCUUAGAGCACCACAUCCCCCAUUAUUCUCUGGAUGCACCCAAGCUGUUUCCUGCUGUGUCCUCCGGCGAGUCUUCCUACCGCAGCUUGCUUCUGGUCAAUAAAGGCCCCAUGCUACUGACCUUCAGCCUGGUCCCCAAGACUGGCUUAGACAUCACCCUCCGCCCCACAUUGGGGCUCAUAGUUCCUGGGGCCCACCAGAUCUUCCUUGUCAGCACCUGCCCCAAGGGCACCUCCUGGAAGCAGCACAUUUUCUACCUUCAGUUCAACUUUUACCCCCAGUAUCGCCAGGAGGUAAACAUGCAAAGCAGGGAGGAGCCACUCCAACUGAAGCUGGAUACCUGCAAAAGCAUCUUCUUCAAGCCCACCUGGGUGGGCUGCUCCUCCACCAGCCCCUUCACCUUCCUCAACCCCUCACGUCUGCCCCUGGAGUUUGAGUGGAGGGUCUCCCAGCAGCACCAAAAGACGCUGGCUGUCCAGCCCUCCAGAGGGCUCAUCCAUCCCAACGAGAACCUUACACUGACAUGGAUCUUCAGCCCUUUGGAGGAGACCAAGUACCUGUUCCGAGUAGGAAUAUGGGUCUGGGAAGCUGGCCUGCCUCCAAACACCAAGCCUCGAGCCACCAUGCACUACAGGAUCCGACUGGUGGGCAUGGGUGUCACCAGCAGCCUCUCUGCAAAGACAAAGGAUUUGGACUUCGGGAGCAUACUGGUAAACAGCAGGCAGUCCAGGAACCUGGUGCUCCUGAACGACGGCAACUGCACCCUCUACUACCGCCUGGUCUUGGAGCAGCACAGGCCUGAGGGCCUUGAUGAACCCCUGGCUCUGCAGCUGGACCGCUCCGAGGGGAGCAUGCCACCUCACUCUCAGGACAACAUCUGCCUGACUGCCUGCCCUAAGCACCGGUGUCAGUACUCCUGGACCAUCAGCUACUGUCUCCUGUCUCACAGAGAUAAUAAAGUUGGCAAGCAGCAAGAGCUGUGUCAUGUCUCCCUGGAGGCUGUGUACCCCUUACUCUCCAUCCUGGAUGGCUGCUCCAUGGGCAGUGCCAAGGGCAUCACCCGGAAACACCUAUGGCGCCUCUUUUCCCUGGACAUGCUCAACAGUUACUUGGCACGUGACCCCACCCCCUGGGAGCUCACCUACAAGGUGCCUACCAGGCACAGCACAAGCCAGAUGCCUCCUGUCUUCACCCCUUUGAGGCUUGACUUCAAUUUUGGGGCAGCACCACUCAAGGCUCAACCCUCUGUGGUGCUCCUGGUGCUAAAGAACAGUGGAAUGGUACCCUUGGACUGGGCCUUCCUGUUUCCAAGUGAUCAGCAGAUUGACCUGGAGCUAUGGGCAGAGCAAGCAGAGUUUAACCGUACUGAGCUCCACCAAAUGCGAGCGGAGGACAAUAAGCUCUUCUCCAUCAGCCCCAAGGCUGGGAGCCUGAGUCCUGGACAGGAGCAAAUUGUGGAGUUCAAAUACAGCCACCUGUUCGUCGGCACUGAUUGUCUCCCGGUGCUCUUCAAGGUGUCACAUGGCCGGGAAAUCCUGCUAAAUUUCAUAGGUGUGACAGUGAAACUGGAGCAAAAGUAUGUGCACUUCACCUCCACUAGCCACCAGUUCAUCCCUGUCCCCAUUGGCGAUACACUGCCUCCACGGCAGAUUUACGAGUUAUAUAAUGGUGGUUCGGUGCCUGUGACAUAUGAAGUCCAGACCAGCAUUCUGUCGCAGGUUCAGGAAAAAAAUUUUGACCACCCCAUCUUCUGCUGCCUCAACCCCAAAGGGGAGAUCCAACCAGGCACCACUGCUCGGGUCCUGUGGAUCUUCUCACCUAUGGAGGCCAAGACCUACACAGUGGACGUGCCUAUACACAUCCUGGGAUGGAAGUCAGCCCUCAUCUGCUUCCAGGGAGUGGGCUAUGACCCUCAUAUCAUGGGUGACACUGCCCCAUUCCACAACAUCUCCUCAUGGGACAACAGCUCAAUACAUUCAAGGCUGAUGGUUCCUGGACAGAAUGUCUUCCUGUCCCAGUCUCACAUCUCGCUGGGAAACAUCCCUGUGCAGAGCAAGUGUAGCCGCUUGCUCUUCCUCAACAACAUCUCCAAGAAUGAGACAAUCUUCUUCACCUGGCAGCCGAGAUCCCUAGACUUUGGGGAGGUAUCUGUGAGUCCCAUGGAAGGGGAACUAGCUCCUGAAGAGACCGUCCCAUUUGUAGUGACCCUGAAGGCCUCAGUGCAUGCCAGCUUCUACAGUGUGGACCUGAUAUGCAAAGUGUACCAACAGGAAUUGAUGAGGCAGUACCAUAAGGAAUUGCAGGAAUGGAAGGAUGAAAAGGAGCAGCAGGAGGUGGAGUUCACCAUCACAGAUAGGAAAGUGAAGAAGAGAGCUUAUUGUGCAGCCUGUGGGUCUGUGAGGAGGUACAAGACGCUGCCUCCCAUCACAAACCAGCAACCUGUUAGUCGCCCUGCCAGCUGGAACCUGCGGAUCACAAAGGAGGACGAGCCCUGGCUGUGCCCCCAGCCGCCUACGCCAGGCGUGCUCUGCCUGGGCCUCACUGCCCGAGCCCAUGCCACCGACUACUUUCUGGCCAACUUCUUCUCCGAGUUCCCCUGCCACUUCUUGCACCGGGAGCUGCCAAAGAGGAAGGCCCCAAGGGAAGAGUCCGAGGUUUCAGAGGAAGAAACUCCCACUGACAAGGAGGCUCCUGUCUCCAGGCAGAUGAAGCAGCUCCUGGUUGACUGCCUCACCACCAUCAUAAGGGGCCUGCUGGAAGACAAGAACUUCCAUGAGGCUGUGGGCCAAAGCCUAAUGGAGCAGGUGCCUUACUUCUGCCAGUUCUGGAAUGAGCAGUCAGCCAGGUUCAUGGCCAAAAACAACAACCUGUACCUAAUGCCAAUUCAGUCACUGACCUCUAGCAGCUUGGAAGACAAGAAAGGCAAGGAGCAGAGGGAGAACAAACAGAGAUUGAAGAAUAAGGAAAGAGAGGAAGAGGAAGAGGAAGAGAAGGAAGAAGAGGAAGAGGAGGGCGAAGAGGAAGAGUUAGAGGAGGAGGAAGAGGAGGAGGCAGAAGAAGAGGAGGAGGCAGAAGAGGAGGAGCUGGGCAAGGAGGAGACCAAGGAGGAGGAAGAGAUAGAGGAGAAGGUAGUGAAGUUCACCUGGUCAGGGACUGAGCCCACACAGACACCCGAGUCCCAGCAGUUCCUUCAGUGGCAGCAGAACCUGAAAAUCCUGGCGAAGGAGGAUCAAGAAAAGGAUGAGAAGGAGGCCAUUGGAAGGCUCCCCGCCUUCGCUAACCUGCAGGAGGCGCUGCUGGAGAACAUGAUCCGGAAUCUGGUGGAGGCGAGCCGCGGGGAAGUGGUGCUCACCUCCCGACCGCGCAUCAUCGCUCUGCCACCGCUCAGCCUGCAGAGCCGCCGACGUGUCAGCCACAGUUGUGCGCAGGUGAGGGCGGCAGCUAGCGGAGCGCUGUGCGGCGCUGCGCUCGCAGAAGACCAAGACCUGGAGAUCAUCGAGGGCCAUCGCCAGGCCCCGGGCCCUCCGCUCCCGCCCCGCGACGAGCCCCUCGCACAAACCGGACCUGAGCGUUUUGUUCGUUCGGCUCGCGUGAGGCUGGGGCGGCCUCUCAGCACCAGCCCAGGGGCCCGGCCCGAUCGCCACGCAGGCACCUGCCUGCCGCCGCCGCCGCCACCGCCACCGCCACCAUAUGGGUCUCAGAGACUAUGCGCCACUCCCAGGGGAGAUCCGGCUCCCAUCCGGCCCCGCCUGCCAUGCCCGCAGACUCUAGGCUGCCCGGCUCGAUGCUGGGUCAUGCGGGCUGAGCAGUCCGGCUCUGUCCCAGAGACUUCUGUGGCCUUGGGCAAGUCCUUUCCCAGCCUCUUCUGUUUGCACAAUGAGAGGGUCGAUCUGGCCUUCCGCAGGGAGUCAGUCCCUGUCUUGGUUACUAUCGUACCUAAAUGCGUAGGAAACCUGCGCGCUCGCUCCCGCGGUUCUUCUUUCUGGCACUUCCUUAGCGCCACCUUGCGGCACGGCCUGGCCACGGCCUGGUCUGGGCCCCGCGACGCGGGGUCUAGAAAGCAGCGCUUGGGCAGAAACAGGAUCGCAAUGGCGACGGACCUGUGUUCUAGAUCGGUGGCCACAGAAGAGCACUGA